AUGAUGCUCUUCAAGUCCUUGGCCGUUGUCUCCCUGGCCCUUUUGGCGAAGCAAGCAUCCGCAGCUUUUGGAAUCACAACUAGCAGCUCUGCCUAUGUCAUUGAUGCUGGUUCACCCAAUUCUCUCAAGUUUGCCGUGAAUCAGUCAAACUGUGACAUCACGUCGAUCAAUUACUAUGGGUCCGAGCUUCAAUACCAGUCUACCGGAUCUCACAUCGGAUCGGGCCUUGGUAGUGCAACUGUGACUGCGACUCAAAGUGGCGACUACAUCAAGGUGACUUGUGCUACCUCCUCCUUGACACACUACUAUGUUGUUCAUAAUGGAGAUCCGAUCAUCCAUAUGGCAACAUACACGACUGCAGAACCGUCUGUCGGGGAGCUCCGAUACAUCGCCCGCCUGAAUUCAACCCUUCUCCCUAACGAGGAGCCAUUUGGCGUGGUCUCCAAUAUCGCAGGCGGCAGCGCUGUUGAGGGAGAGGAUGUGUUCUUGGUGAAUGGACAAACGCGAAGCAAGUUCUAUUCAAGCGAGCGUUUUAUUGAUGACAAAAUCCAUUGUGUAUCUGGAAGUGCCCAUCGGGUUUGCAUGAUUCUGAACCAAUACGAGACGUCUGCCGGUGGGCCUUUCAUGCGUGAUAUCAACUCUAACAAUGUGGGCUCCUACACUGGUCUGUACUGGUACAUGAACUCUGGACACGUUCAGACAGAAACCUACCGCCAGGGCUUGCACGGCCCGUACUCUUUGUAUUUCAGCAGAAGCGGUACUCCCAGCACCAAUAUCGACACGUCCUUCUUCGCCGAUCUUGAUAUCCAGGGAUAUGUCCCCACAUCUGCAAGAGGUUAUGUUUCCGGAACAGCGUCUGGGGCUGACUCCUCUUUCAAAUGGGUCAUUCACUGGUACAACUCUGCCGCGCAGUACUGGACCUACGCCUCGUCUUCCGGGGCUUUCACCUCCCCUGCCAUGAAACCCGGUACCUACACAAUGGUCUACUACCAGGGCGAAUAUGCGGUUGCUACAUCGUCUGUGACUGUCACUGCGGGAUCAACCACAUCCAAGAGCAUCUCAGGAUCUGUGAAGACCGGCAAGACAGUCUUCAAGAUUGGAGACUGGGACGGGACUCCAGCCGGCUUUUCCAACUCUGCGAAUCAGCUACGCAUGCAUCCCUCGGACUCCCGCAUGUCUUCUUGGAAUCCGGGCACUUACACAGUCGGCAGCUCCUCGGUCUCUUCUUUCCCCAUGGUUCUCUUCAAGGCGGUGAAUUCGCCCUUGACAAUCAAGUUCACGGCAUCUUCUUCGCAGACCGGAGCUGCAACAUUGAGAAUUGGAACAACUCUUUCCUUUGCAGGGGGUCGACCUCAGGCUGUGAUCAACAGCUAUAGCGGCCCCGUACCGGCGGCUCCAACUAAUCUCAACUCCCGUGGUGUGACUCGCGGUGCGUACAGAGGGUUGGGAGAGGUUUACGAUGUUUCGAUUCCAGCGGGAACCAUCGUUGCUGGAACCAAUACUAUCACCAUUAGUGUUGCCUCCGGUAGCUCGGGGGACGCCUACCUCAGCCCCAACUUCAUCUUUGACUGCGUAGAAUUAUUCCAGUAA